AUGCCUACGCCACAGAGUGAUAGAAGGAGAACUUUAUGUUCACAUCCUCACACUCAGGCACCUAUCAAUGAAGAAUCAGAGGAAAUAGAUACUACACAAUACAUGAAAGCCACAGAAGAGAUCAUGAAGUCAUCUGCAAACAGUGAAGCAGAUCAUGAAUCAGAUGAUGACAUUCUAAGCUCAUAA